CGACUUCACAUUACUAUUGUUGCCCCUGCGCAUAAAUGUAAACCGAAACGGUGGCAGUUUCGUCAUUUCACAGCACCAUGGAGGCGCCGUCGGCCGGUGGUGAAGCGUUGACACUCCUCGCGGGCAUUGCUAAGAUGGAGCUGGAUGGCUGGACCAAGCAUGUGCGCGCGGACGCGUCCGACCAACUAAAGGCGAUGCGGCAAGGAAUGGGCGCGGACGCAUCCGACCAGCUAAAGGCGAUGCGGCAAGGAAUGGGCGCGGCGAGUCGGGCAAGGGCCAAAGCACGAGCGGAGCGGGAGCGACGCACCAUGAAGCGCGAGGGCAUGUACAACCCCCACGUGAUCAAAGCCAAGGCCGCGGCCCAACUGCGUAAGGAGGAGCUCACCAAGGCAAGCCUCGUCCUCGUGCUUCGUCGAUAGUAUGAAACUGCACUUUGCAUUUGGUAGCUCAUGAAAGACGUGAAUGUGCUGCUGCGUAAAGAGCGCAAGAACAUUCCCCAGUGGAUUCGGAAAUACAAAGAUGAAGACCCCCGCUGUGUGUAUUACCACAGCAUGCUGCGGCGGGUGGGGCUGCCAGAACGCCACGCUCGAUUUGCGCCUUGGUUCUUAAAGUCCAACCAGCUCGUGCUCAACAAGUACGGCCAAAAGCUGUUUGAUCGGUUCGAAGCAGCCUACUUGGCGCAAGCGGAGCGCCUCAACGACACGGAGGCAGCCGUGCAGAGCCACCAGGCGUUUGUCAAGCGCGUGGCGUGUCUUCAACUAGGCCCUCGAGAGCAGAACCAAUCGUUGUUGCAGCGGGCGUACCGGACGGCGUCGUUUCCCGCGCCAAAACUCCACGUCGCCGAUUCAACGAGUGUGGUCCAUCCAUUGCUUCGACAGGACAACAACAGGAUCAACGAAGACGAUGAUACGCCGCUCGCGGUGGUGGCGGACAAGGACGACAUGGACGACCCGACCGCCAAAGUGAUUCCCAUUGCGCCUGUGAAACUCACGGCGGCGCCCCCCGGACUCGCCCCCGCCGUGCCCGGCAAAGUCGAAAGCCACGGCAAACACUUGUAUCAUGCGUACAACGGGCGGUGGAAGGACGGGCACAUGCGAGGGCCUGUGGGGGUGUACGAGUUUGCGGAUGGGGGGAAGUACACGGGCGCGUGGAAGGACAGCGUGCAGUGUGGCAUGGGCACGGCCGAAUACCCAAACGGAACGGCGUAUGUGGGGCAGUGGAAAGAGGGCAAGUACCACGGUCAAGGCAAGUGGUCGUCCAAGAGUGGGAUCGAAUACGCGGGCGAGUGGAAACAUGGCAUGCGGGAUGGCAAAGGGCGGCUCACGCUGCCAUCGGGGGCAACGUACGAAGGAGAGUUUUACAAAAACCAACGGCACGGCCUCGGCGUCGAAUCUAGCCCGUUGGGGUACAAAUACAAGGGAGGGUUUCGCAUGAAUCGAAUCUAUGGCCAAGGGCAAGUGGAGAUUGAAAUGGACAACGGCAAACUCCACGUGUACGCAAAAGAGCAGUGGCAGCCGUGUUUGUUGGGGGAGGCUGCGAUGGAGGCGAAAUCGCAUUGGCUCGGGAUCGACGCCCACGACGAAGUGUUGAUGCGGAGACUCAUGCGCGUCCGCGACGAUUUCCGCGCCGAUGACCUUCAAGAGAACUUUCAUGUGCAGGAGGCCCAGCGCAUCGUGGACGAAGAGCGAGCGAGGAAGCAGGCGCUGCGGGAAGCCAACAAGGACAAGCGCGACGCACUGGCCAGGGCCAAGGAAGCGUUUCAGAAUCGCAUCUUGCAAGCCGACGAGAGCGAGGACGACGAAAAUGCGCCAAAAUCCAAUGUUACGCCAAGUGACGACGAUGACGACGAUGGUGACGAUGACGAUGGCGAUGACGAGAGCCAAGACGACAGUAAGGACGACGACGUCGCAUCUGGUUAAUUAAUGCGACAAUGUGCUGCAAAGUCUGUUGUGCAAGUUGAACGAG